AUGGGGUGCGUUCUCAGCCACUUCGCAUCCGACGCCGCCCUCGUCCCCAAGCUCUGGUUCGGUGCGCAGCCCGCAACAUUGACUGUGCGGUCGCUCGAGCACCGCAAAACGACAGAAGAAGUCUCGCUCGAGGAGUUCAUUGCUCGCCGGGUGCCGUCGCUGCACCAGCCCUUCCGACCCGCGUGGUGGCUAAACAACGGCCACCUCCAGACCGCGUACUGCGUCAUCGGCGACUUUUCGACCAUCGACAAGGUCGAGUACGACAGGAAGCUCAUCCGCACUCUCGACGGCGGCACCAUCGGGCUAGACUUUACGCCCCCCGCGGACGAGCGCACGCUCCCAGACGACACACCGAUCGUCGUCGUCCUACACGGGCUCACCGGAGGCUCACACGAGUCGUAUGUGCGAUCCAUCUUGGCCCCCACCUGCACGCCUGUCGAGCAAGGUGGUCUGGGGUACCGGGCGGUCGUCAUGAACUUUCGCGGGUGUGCGGGUGUCCCGCUGACGAGCCCCCAGCUGUACUCGGGCCUGCAUACCGAGGACAUCCGCGUCUCCAUAUGGUAUAUACGCAAGCUCUACCCGCGGGCGCCGCUCAUCGGCGUGGGCUUCUCGCUCGGCGCGAACGUGCUCACGCGCUACAUCGCGCAGGAAGGGGACGACUGCCGGCUCCUCGCGGGCUGCGUGCUGGGCUGCCCAUGGGACCUCUCGCGGUCCACUGACCGGCUGGAGGGCGGCCUCCUCGGCCGCUACGUCUAUUCGCCCGCCAUGGCCCAGAACCUGCAGAAACUCAUGACCCGCCACCUCGACGCAAAAGAACGGUUUCCGGACUCGGCGCUCGCCCAGGCGCUCGACGAGCCGGACGUGCUCACCAGACGCAUGCAGCUCAUCGACUUCGACGAACGGCUCACCCGGAUUAUCGGCGGCUCGUCCCCGCCGUUCCCGCUCCCGUCCGCGCGGGACUACUACAGGGCGGGCUCGAGCCACAACCUGCUCGACGCCAUCCGGGUCCCGUUCCUCUCGCUCGGGGCGGCGGACGACCCGGUGGCGAGCAACACGCCGAUCGGGAUGGCGAAGAGCGGGUUCGUGGUCCUCGCGGAGACCAUGGGCGGAGGGCACCUGGGCUGGUUCGAGGCGAACGGGCGUUUCGGGAGGCUCGAGCGCUGGCUGCGGAAGCCAGUCGUGGAGUGGAUACGGGCGAUCGGAGAGGACGUGCUCGUGGAGGGGCAGCGAGUUGGCCGCGACGACAUAGGCUGCCAGGAGAUCGGUGGCGGCGGACAUGUUGUCGGCGUGGAGGGCGAGGGCGGGCUCCUCAAGGGACUCUAG